AUGUUUUCCGAAUUACUGUUGUUCAUUUAUUAUUAUUCAAUUCAAUUAAAUAUUAUUUAUGCUCGUUAUAUACGACUUCCACCCGUAAAUUGUAGUGAAACAUCACCAAUUGGUUUUCCUAUUGUACAUUUAUUAAACGUUCUAUCUGAAACAAGUUCUUCAUCAUCAUCUCCUACUUGGUUAUUUAGUUUUUCAUCAAAUAAUUCUAUUACAAGUUAUUUUCUUAUCGAUGAUCUUAAAGGUACAAUUACUGUAAAACAUCGUUUAGAUCGAGAAUAUUUAUGUAGUAUUGCACGAUUAUGUUCAUGCUUGAAUUGUACAUUAAAACUCGAAAUAACAUCGAUAUCAGAUACAAUAUCGCAUAUUCUAUUAUUACCAAUCAUCAUUCUUGAUGAAAACAAUAAUUUACCAUAUUUUUCACAAGAUAUUUAUCAACUAAAUGUAAGUGAAGCAAUACGUAUUGGCACACGAUUACAAUUGCCACAAGCACAAGAUCAAGAUCAACCACCAAAUAAUAUUCAAUCAUAUUCGCUUACGUCAACAGUAACAAAUGAUUCAGAAAUUUAUUUUGAAUUAGUUAUAUUAGAAAAAUCAUUAACAAUUGUACCAGAAAUGAUAUUAAAAAAUUUUCUUGAUCGUGAAAAAAUAUCUACACAUUAUUAUAAAUUAUGUGCAUAUGAAAUUCAACAUCAUGUUUGUUCAACAAUUAUUAUUAAUGUAUUAGAUGUUAACGAUAAUAUUCCUCAAUUUGAACAACAACAGAUAACAGUAAAUAUUUCUGAAUUAUUACCAAUUAAUUCAACAAUUAUUCAAAUUCAUGCAUAUGAUCUUGAUAUUGGAAAAAAUGGUGAAAUACGUUAUCAAUUUAGUAAAUGGACAAAAGGUGAUCAGACAAUAGUUGAUACAUUUUAUUUAGAUUCGAUAACUGGUUGGUUAACACUAAUUAAACAAUUAGAUUAUGAACAACGAAUUAUUUAUGAAAUACAAAUACAAGCAAAUGAUUUGGGAGAAAAUUCGAUACCUGUUUACAUGAAAACGAUAAUUUAUGUGCAAGAUGAAAAUGACAACAGUGCGGAAAUAUUUACAUUUGCACCAGCUAACAUUGAUUUGAACGACACGAUCAUAAGUGUUUUAGAAAAUAUAACAAUUGGUACAACAUUAUUGUAUUUGAGUGCAACAGAUAAGGAUAGUAACGAUAAUGGACAUCUAUCUGUUAUACUAACAAAUAUGACUGUAAAAGAAUUUUUAUCUGUACAAAAAAUAACUGAUAAUACUUAUCAAUUAGUAACAUUGAAAAUGUUUGAUCGUGAACAGUAUCCUAUUUAUUAUUUUACAUUGUAUGUCAGUGAUCAUGGACAACCAAGUCGAUCUAAUUCAUUAACAUUUCAGAUAAAAUUAAUGGAUAUCAAUGAUUGUUUUCCCGUAUUUGAAAAGAUAUCGUAUCAUUUUAAUAUAACAGAAAAUAAUCCAUUAAAUUAUGUCUUUGGAUUAAUAUUAGCUACAGAUGCUGAUGAAGGAAUUAAUUCUCAAAUAAAAUAUAAAUUAUCAAAUUAUACAAAUAUAUUUUCACUUAAUCUUAAUAAUGAAUUAUAUACGAAGGUGAGUCUUGAUCAUGAACAACAACGUAUUUAUCAUUUUGAUAUAAUUGCUGAAGAUAUUGGUUUAUUACGAACAAUUGCACCUGUUGAAAUUACAGUCAUAGGGAUCAAUGAUAAUAUUCCAAUAUUUUUAUCACAAGAAAUUUCCAUGCAAAUUGAAGAAAAUCGUCCUGUUCAUACUCUAAUUGGUCUUAUAGUCGCAUAUGAUCUUGAUGAAGAAGAUUUACUUACAUAUAAAAUACAUCCAGAAGAUAAACCUAAUACAAUUGGAAAAGUUUUAUUAGAAUCUGAUGGAAAAUUAUUUACAGAUAUGGUAUUUGAUCAUGAACAAUAUAAAAAUUUAUCAUCAAUUAAAUUUCGGGUACAAGUUUACGAUAAUCAACAUACAACAACAGCAAACGUAGAAGUUAAUAUAGUUGAUAUUGAUGAUAAUAUGCCAAUGUUGAUCUAUCCAAUUGAUGAUAAUUCUAUUCUCUGUUUUGAACAUCAUUCUCCUAAUAAUACAAUUCUAUUGAAAGCUUAUGAUCUAGAUGAAAAUGGUUAUAUUACAUUUUCAAUAUUAACAGCAAUAAAAUAUAUUUUUCUUUAUCCAAAUGGUACAUUAACUAUCAAUACUACUCAAAUAUCACUUGGAUUUUUUACAAUUACUAUUCGUCUUCAAGAUGAUAUGCAUUCAUCAAUAUACAAUAUCCAUAUUGUAAUUGUUGAUAAUUAUUCUAAAUGUAAUAUUAGUUAUUCUAGUCAUUUUAUUUCACCAUUUUUUAAUUUUCAUUAUAAAACAGUUUUUUUCAUAAUUCUAAUCUUUUUGUUUAUUUUUCUUCUUAUAAUAAGUGCGUUUUGUUUAUGUUUAAAACGACAAAAAACACCAUCAUUAUCAUCUAGUUCAAAAGAAUCAGUUGAAGACAAUCAAGAUAAUCAUGAAGAAGAAGAACAUGAUACAUUAAUUCAUCGUACAAUUGUUCUUAAUGUUCAUCAUACAACAACAGCAUCACAAUCAUCGUCACCAUUUACAACAAUAUCAAAUACAAGUAUGAUAUCGACAUUAGAUGAUCAUCAUAACCAUCAACCACAUAUGUUAACGGCAAUUAUUAAAAAAUAUGCAACAAAUGAACAAACAAAACUUUCAACAUUUGAAAGAAGAGACAAUAAUAAAUCUUCAUCAUUAUCAUCUUCAGCAUCAUCAACGUAUAUUAAAAUAAGUCGAUCCUUUGAUGAUGAAAUGAAUUACUACAGGUGUGUUCAAAUGGUAUUAGACGGUCAAAAUUUAAUAUUGUUAAUUGUAUUCGUGGUUAUUAUCGGUUUAGUUCUAAUUUGUGUUACAUGGUGUUGUUUUUGUAAACCAGCGUUUUGUAAUCUUAAUCAAAGACUACUACGUCGUCGAAUUGAACGUGACGAAGAACAAAUGGCUAAUGAACGACAAAAAUCACAUGAAAGUAUGCGCGAUUUAUUUAAACAAAAUAAGACUGGGCGAGAUCUAAUUCGAGAAAAAUAUCAAUUGCCAUCAUCUUAA